AUGACUACUGUUACCUCUGUCCCCGGGCCUUUCAGGGCACCCGUUACAUCGAAAGAUUCAUGGAGAACCCUGUUUGUGGACUUAAGCAGUAACCUGUCAUCGGAGGAAUUUGUUCGAAUCACGCAGUAUCUCCGUAGACGGCAGAUACCACUACCAGGCGAGGAGAAUUUAAAAUCGUCUUUAGAUAUAUUUAUAUACUUGGAAAACAUUGGCUGCAUUUCCGGGAGUGACAUCUCCCUUCUGAUGGAUAUUUUAGAUCAUAUUGAGCGGAAAUCGUUGAAAAAGAUGGUCGCAGCGCACCAGGAGAACACAGUGGAUAAGCACGAUGAUCAGCCACGUCAUACAGGGAUGGUCAGUAAACUGCUGAUAACAACCGGAGUCAUUGUUUACCUGGCAGCCUCGGCCUGGUUUGUAGGAAUCGAAUCUUUCAUAUUCUUCGGAGUAUUGAUCCUGUUGCUUGGAGUAGUCCCGGCUAUUCGAGGACUCGGAGGGAAAGUUGUGAUAUCGGCGAUUAUAGCUGGAGCGGCGGCACUUGUAUUUGAUUUGUCAGGAACGGUAAUGAUAAUAAUAUUCAUAGUCUUAUCUAUCGGAUCUUUAAUUCAAGAAAAGCUGAAACAACGACGAGCUGCCAAUUUCAAAGCCACGCCCUCGGAUGUUCUUUGA